GAGGACACUUGCUCUGCUUCUGUCUCUGUCUCUCCGUGUAUCUUUUGUCUUCUAAAAAGAUGUAAGAUUUGUAAUAAAUCUCCAUAGAUUUUCUCUCUCUCUCUCUCUCUCUGUCUUUCUCUUCUCCCGCCGUCUCCACAAAACUUGACCUUUCUCUAAGUUCUCUCAUACUAAAAGAACGUGUGAAGAGCUUAGAGAUUAAUGGCUAAAGUUUACUGGCCUUAUUUUGAUCCAGAAUAUGAGAACUUGAGCUCCAGAAUCAAUCCUCCAAGUGUUUCUAUAGACAACACUAGCUGCAAAGAAUGCACUCUUGUCAAGGUUGACAGUAUGAACAAACCUGGAAUACUACUUGAAGUUGUGCAAGUUCUAACCGAUCUUGAUCUCACAAUCACCAAAGCAUACAUCUCUUCUGAUGGUGGAUGGUUCAUGGACGUAUUCCAUGUCACUGACCAACAAGGAAACAAGGUUACUGAUAACAAAACCAUUGAUUACAUCGAGAAGGUGUUAGGACCAAAGGGCCAUGCUGCGUCUUCACAAAACACUUGGCCAGGUAAAAGAGUUGGUGUCCAUUCACUAGGAGACCACACAUCGAUCGAGAUCAUUGCUCGUGACCGUCCUGGUCUCUUGUCCGAGAUCUCAGCUGUACUAGCAGACCUCCACUUCAACGUAGUAGCAGCUGAAGCAUGGACUCAUAACCGUAGGAUCGCUUGUGUUCUCUAUGUGAAUGAUAACGAAACAUUAAGAGCCGUUGAUGAUCCUGAAAGAUUGUCUACAAUGGAAGAACAGCUCAACCUUGUGAUACGUGGCUGUGAGCAAGAAGAUGAGAAAGUUUCUAGGACGAGUCUCUCCAUUGGGUCCACUCAUGUUGACCGUAGGCUUCAUCAGAUGCUUUUCGCUGAUAGAGACUAUGAAGCAGUGGGUAAGGUUGAUGGUGACGCUUGUCCUGGACUCGAGCCUAAGAUCACUGUUGAGCACUGUGAAGAGAAAGGUUACUCUGUGAUAAGUGUCAGCUCUGAGGAUAGGGCUAAGCUCAUGUUUGAUAUUGUAUGCACGCUUACGGAUAUGCAGUACAUUGUGUUCCACGCCACGAUUACAUCCAACGGUCCUCAUGCCUCUCAGGAGUAUUUCAUCAGACACAAAGAUGGUUGCACUCUUGACUCUGAAGGAGAGAAAGAGAGAGUUAUCAAAUGCCUAGAAGCUGCAAUCCAUAGAAGAGUCAGCGAGGGCUGGAGUUUGGAGCUAUGUGCAAAGGAUAGAGCUGGACUUCUGUCUGAAGUGACUAGGAUUCUGAGAGAGCAUGGUCUUUCAGUGACGAGAGCUGGUGUGACAACAGUAGGAGAACAAGCUGUUAACGUUUUCUAUGUGAGAGAUGCUUCAGGGAAUCCAGUGGACGUGAAGACGAUAGAGGCGUUACGAGGAGAGAUCGGACACAGUAUGAUGGUUAACGUGAAGAACAAGGUACCAAGUAAAAGAUGGAAAGAGGAAGGUCAAACCGGAACAGGAGGAGGAUGGGCCAAAACCAGUUUCUUUUUUGGGAAUUUGCUGGAGAAGUUGUUGCCUUGAGAGACAAGGUAACUUAUAUAUAAUUGUUAUUAGAUUGUGUGGAUAAAAAAUGUACUGUGAAAUGUGUAUGAUGUAUGAUCUAUAGAAGGUCUAGUGUUGUGUUUUGACUUGAUCAUUAAUUUUGGUUCGGUUUACCAAAAUUCAAACCGAACCAAAACCGGGUUUUUGGUUUACUUAGUCAUAGUAUGACCGUGAACUUUCCCUAUUGAAAGGUUUGCUUUUGUGUUGUAAUCAAAUCCGUCUUGUGACCUUAUCAUCUUUGUCCAAAUGUAUAAUAUCCAUGUUAAGGAUUUUAAUUUAUUUAAACUUGCCA